AUGGUUGCCGAGGCAGACUCGGCCUCUCAGAGCAGCGGUCUGCGGCUGAAGCAGGAGAUUUCCCUCCUUCAUGGGGUCUGUCUCAUCGUGGGAAAUAUGAUUGGUUCUGGCAUCUUCGUCUCACCUAAGGGGGUUCUUCUAUAUACAGGCUCAUUUGGCCUGUCCCUGGUAGUGUGGGCCAUUGGAGGAAUAUUUUCUGUUUUUGGAGCGUUAUGCUACGCUGAGCUUGGAACCACUAUCCACAAAUCUGGAGCUUCCUACGCCUACAUCCUGGAGGCCUUUGGAGGCUUCCUAGCUUUUAUUCGACUGUGGACGUCAUUGUUGAUAGUGGAACCAGCCUGUCAGGCAGUGAUAGCCCUGACCUUCUCCAACUACCUAGUCCAGCCUUUUUACCCAACGUGUUCAGCCCCCUACUAUGCUGUCCGUCUCAUCGCUGCUGCCAUUAUAUGUCUCUUGACUUGUGUGAACUGCAUGAAAGUGAAAUGGGGCGCUAUUCUUCAGGUCUUCUCCACCGUAGCCAAGGUUCUCGCUCUCAUCGUCAUCAUCAUCACCGGCAUGGUUAAGCUGGCACAAGGUUUUGACCAGAACUUUGAGGACUCAUUCAAAGGGUCCAAGCUGAACCCUGGCGACAUGGCCUUGGCCCUUUAUUCAGCGCUCUACUCCUACUCAGGCUGGGAUACUCUCAACUUCAUCACAGAGGAAAUCAAGAACCCAAAGAGGAAUCUGCCCUUAUCCAUCGCUAUUUCCAUGCCUAUUGUAACAGUGAUCUACAUCUUGACCAACGUAGCUUAUUAUGUCGUCUUGGAUGCAGACACAGUGCUCAACAGUGACGCUGUUGCCGUGACAUUUGCAGAUGAGGUGCUGGGCUGGGGUCGCUGGUUGAUCCCUCUGGCUGUGGCCAUUUCCUGCUACGGAGGUCUCAACUCCUCCAUCAUCGCUGCCUCCAGGUUGUUUUUUGUUGGUUCCAGAGAAGGCCACCUACCUAAUGUCCUGUGUAUGAUUCACAUUAAGCGUUACACUCCAAUUCCUGCCCUGCUUUUCAAUGGUGGCAUGUCUCUGUUGUAUCUCUCCGUGCCUGACGUGUUCCAGUUGAUCAACUACUUCAGUUUUAACUACUGGUUGUUCAUCGGCCUCUCAAUUGCCAGCCUGAUUUAUCUUCGCUUCACAGCUCCUGACCUGCCUCGACCUGUUAAGCUGUCUCUGUUUUUCCCGAUCGUUUACUGCCUGUGCAGCGUGUUCCUGGUGGUGGUGCCUCUCUACAGCGACACAGUCAACUCUCUUGUAGGAAUUGGGGUGGCGCUGUCCGGAGUACCAGUCUACCUCCUAUGCAUCCGCUUGCCAGCCUCCUCCAGACCAGCCUUCCUUAGAAAUAUACUUGACAGGAGCUCUCUGGUCACCCAAAAACUCUGCAUGUGUUGUGUGGCCUCCAGUGACAUUGAUCUGGACAACCUUGACCCAGAAAAGAUCGAGUGACGGAGCGACAAGUUCUCUAAAGUAACCACGUGGAAGGAAUGGGAGGAUGAGUGAAAGACAGAAGCUGCAGACAAUCAGAAUAUGGAUGUGUACGAUUGGAUCGGUUUUUAAAGUUAAAAAUGCACACAUUAGUUCAACACACCUCAAUACACCCAAUCCCUCCUCUCUCUCUUUCUCUCUCUCACUCACUCUCUCUCUUUCUCUCUCUCUCUCACUCUCUUUCUCUCACUCUCACUCUCUCACUCUCUCAUGGCAUUGCCAAGAUUAACUCACUGAAGAGCACAUUCUCAUGGUGGCACACAAUGCAGUGUUGGCUCUAUGAUUCCAUCCUCACGUGCUCAAACACUGCAACUCACAAGCACAUGAGCUGAAAAACUUACGGUGACACUGAAACACACAAGAAAUAAUAAUCCAGUCCAGAGGUAGUUGACUCAGCAGAGAGGGCUGAGUGGAUUAAUUCAACAAUAAUAGGAAGGUACAGACAAAACACAGGUGGGAAAAAAACAUUUUGUUCAUUCCUUACAUGUUAACGAAGCUGGUGACCCCUCGUCACAGUUUGGAAAGGUCAGUAGGUUGUUUCCUCCUUCCUUCAUUUUUAGGAACCUUAACGUCAUAAAAUUUCUCAGUUCCUGAAAGUAAGAAGCCUUGUUAUAGAUGUAUAGUUAUGUAUGUGUGAAGUUAGACUAACACACGACAGACAGAAGGUGAAUUUAGAAGGUGCUAUGAAUGGCGACAAUUUUGCACAUUUUCUCUUUAUGUUGUUGUAUAAUUACCGUGUUUAUAGAAAGCUUUAUUCUCAUCUUUGAACUGAACUAAAUGACCAAAUGAACAGGUGUCAAGGUUUUGUAGGAAUUAGCAAAGAAAAGAGAUUAAAUACAAGUGCUGUUAUUUCUGUCAGUCAGUUUAAGCCAGGUGUAAUGUGUCUGUUGACUCAUGGUUUUAUUUAAAGAGGGGUAAUCCUACAUGAUCAUAGCUCUGUCAACACGAUCGUCUGUCCUGUGAAAUCUUUUCUCUCUUCUGCAAAAUCCUUUGUUUGCAUCUUCAGGGCUGUGUCUGAUGUCUGGGGCCUCCUAGUGGCCUCAAGCAGCAAUGUCCCAGGGGUCACUCAUGAGUUUAUUGGUUUUGUGUAUGUUGCUCCUGUCGUUUAUCACCUCAUUCUCUCAAGUGUUACUGAAAUCAAAUGGGCUUUAAAAGUCAAAGCUCACGUGAACUGAUGGAUUGUGUGUUUUUUCCAUGGGGAUGACUAUGUAGAUCCGAACCUCAGGAUCGACCAUGCUGAUGUGCACACGCUGUCGCAGAUUUUUAUUCUUACUCGCUCUUGUCUUAAGAAUUAGUAUUACAGUUAGGAUAUUUAACCCAAUAUUGUAGAGAUCACCAACUUGGACCAUUUAUUCCACGGUACAUAACUGAAAGUCUGUUGAGCCUGUAGCAAAGUGUCUCUUGGUUCGGUGAGAACAUCGUAGCAUUAGUUUCAGCCACAGGCAGAGACGAGCUGAACUUUGGUGUUAGCGUUGUUCUCUAAUCCUUAGUGACUGUACCUGCCUGCUCUGCUUUUGAUAUCGUAAUGUACUUUACCGUGAGCACAGUCAUACUGACACAUGUUGCUGUAGGAGUUGCCAAACCUUCCUCAGGAUACUUUUUUCCUGUUUUCAGUCCAAGUGGCUUCUUGAACCAGUUGUCGUUGAGGUCAGUGAACUUUCAGAUGGAAAUAAUCAGGGCUCAGCUUAAAUUAAUUGAGUGUCUUCUCAUAAGCACCUUCAUAACAACAGCCAACAGAAGAACACGUGUGUAUCUGUAAUGUUGCUUCUCUGGAGUCGAUAUGUAAACCAAACCAGCCAGUUGUGUGUGUGUGUGUGUGUGUGUUUGAUUGUCAUUGGCCAUAUAUCUGGAGUAAAGAGUAUUUCCAUGUAUCAUGUUAUGAACUGUUCUAUACACAAAUUUGUCUAUCUGGUCAGGUUAAU